UGAAAGAGAGAAAUCACAACACAAGAAACUGCAAGAGAGAAAGAAAGUGAGAAACGAGAGCAAGAAAGAGGGAAAAAAACUGAUUAAUCACCCAAAGCAUAGUUCUUUCUUUUCUCAGUUCUUUCCACUCGUAAAUCCUAUCUGAUCAGUUCCUUCCUUUCGUUCUUGUUCUUUUUUUUAUGGCUGAAUCUGGAGUUCUUGAAACGAUGCAACGUACAAUGACAAAGGAAACAGAGUUAAAGAAAGAAUUGGAGAAACUAGUAAAGACAAUUCUUGUCGAGGAGGAUUAUAGAGUGGAGGUUACUGAUGAGGCCAUGAGGAUUUUGAGUGUCUUGAAAGAAUUGAAAUUCGAGAAAUCUUCGAAGGUGGUGGAUAAUACAGUUAUCCCUGAAGAAUUUAUAUGUCCCAUUUCAAAGAAGAUAAUGAAUGACCCUGUUGUCCUGGCAACUGGACAGACCUACGAUCGACCAUUCAUCCAAAGAUUGCUAAAUGAAGGGCACAGAACAUGUCCCCAGACCCAGCAAGUCAUUUCUCAUACUUUCCUGACUCCUAAUCAUUUGGUGCAAGAAAUGAUUUCAAAGUGGCGCAAGGAGCGUGGAAUUGAGCUACCAAAGCCCCUAGUUGAUGAUGAUGUGCAUACUGAUGCUGACAGAGUCUAUUUGAAGUCACUGCUUGAAAAGAUGUCCUCUUCCCUUUCUGAUCAAAAAGAAGCUGCAAAAGAGCUUCGGCUUAUAACUAAAAGGAAGCCAUCAUUUCGGGCCCUUUUCAGCGACUCAACGGAUGCCAUUCCUCAAUUGCUCAAUCGACUAUCACCAGGCAGAGCUAACACUCACCCUGAUCUGCAAGAAGAUUUGAUUACAACAAUUUUCAACCUCUCCAUUCAUGAAAAUAAUAAGCAGCUAUUUGCAGAAAAUCCACAUGUCAUCCCUCUGCUUGUUGAAUCUGUAAGAUCUGGAACCAUUGAAACAAGAAGAAAUGCUGCUGCCGCUCUCUUCUCCUUAUCAUCCCUAGAUUCAAACAAGCUCAUUAUUGGAAAAGCUGGUGCUCUGAAACCUCUAAUUGGCCUUUUAGAAGAAGGGCAUCCACCGGCAAUGAAGGAUGCUGCAUUGGCAAUAUUCAACCUUUGUCUUGUCCUUGAGAAUAAAGUCAGGGCUGUCCAAGAAGGGGCAGUCAGGGUAAUCCUAAAAAAGAUAAUGGAUUGCAUCCUUGUUGAUGAGUUGUUGGCUACUCUUGCAAUACUUACUAGCCAACAGGAGGCUGUUGAGGAAAUGGGGCUACUUGGUGCGGUGCCUUGCUUAAUUGACAUUAUAAGGGAGAGUAGUUCUGAGCGCAACAAGGAGAAUUGUGCUGCGAUUUUACAUACAAUCUGUCUAAAUGACCGCACUAAAUGGCGGGCCGUCAUGGAAGAGGAAAAGGCCAAUGCUACACUUUCGAUACUUGCUGAGCAUGGGACUUCAAGAGCCAAGAGGAAAGCUAAUGGCAUCCUCAAGAUACUGAAUAGAGCUGCUUCAAUCACACAUACUCUAUGACGAAAUAAAUCGCCUGGUCCGAAGAUAUUGCCAAUUAGUUCUUGUACAUGCUGCCUUCCUUCACUCUCUCAUUGUACAGACCAAUAGUAAGCUCAUUUACUGUAAAAAGUUCAGUGUCGGUACAUUUUUCCUAUGCUGUCACAUGAGUUCAGUGUCAUUUACUGGAAAGUUUUGGCCCAUCUAAGGGUAACACAUGAGCAAAGAUCAUAUGGAGUUUAACCUCAAACAUGAUGAAUGAAUAUACAAUAGUCAUACUGGUAACUUCUUACAUCC